AUGAGCGUUCUUUCAUGCUACAUCCAAAAUGCUUUUUGUAAGUUUCGAUUGCUGAGUGCACAGAAGAGCUUUCUGUCAACCACACACUUUGGGUUUGAAACAGUAGCAACCAAGGAUAAACAAUCGAAAGUAAAUCAUGUGUUUGAGAACGUAGCCAAGAAAUAUGAUUUGAUGAAUGAUAUAAUGAGUUUUGGCGUUCACCGUUUAUGGAAAGAUUGUUUUGUAAGCCGAAUUAUGCCAACAGAUAAACUAAAGUACUUAGAUGUUGCAGGUGGAACAGGUGAUAUUGCCUUUAGGUUAUUUAAGUAUGCUAAACAUAUUAAUGGAGUGCCGGAAGUUCUGAAUAUGAAACCCUUCACUAGUCUCGACGUCACAGUUUGCGAUAUUAGUCCAUCCAUGAUGGAAGUAGGGAAAUCACGGGCGGAAGAAUUGGGGUUUUCUUCCAUUCAGUGGAUAGAAGGAAAUGCUGAAAACCUCCCGUUUAAUGAUAAUUCGUUUGACGUGUAUACUAUUGCUUUUGGAAUACGCAAUUGCACACAUAUUGAAAAGGUUGUUUCAGAAGCCUAUCGAGUACUACGUCCGUGGGGUCGAUUUUACUGUUUGGAAUUUAGCGAAGUUGAAAAUAACUUAUUCAGAAACUUAUAUAAUGCAUAUUCUAUGCAGUUAAUACCUGUAAUUGGUCAACUUAUUGCAGGUGAUUGGAAUUCUUAUAAAUAUUUAGUUGAAAGUAUUCGUCAAUUUCCUAAUCAAGAAGAAUUUGCUCAUAUCAUUACACAAUCAAAAUUUGAUGGUGUUAAUUGGAUUAAUUAUUCAAAUGGUAUUGUAUCAGUUCAUAUGGGUUACAAGACUCCAUCUAGGUAGUUCUGUUUGAUGAUUUCAUUUCAUGAAGUUGUAUCUAUAAAAUUUAUGUUUUACAGUAGAAGCAUAGUUAAUAUGUUUCUUUUCUGUCUUUAUCUAUCUCUCUUACUUUUACCUUUAAACAUGAUCGUAUUACUUACGCUUUCAUGUAGAGGCAUUUCUUCAAGUUUAUUUAUUUAUAUUUUUUUAAAAGAAUGUUGCUCCCCCUUCUUGUAUUCUGACAAUUUCAGAGUUCGACCGGUACGAGGUUUUAUCUAUUUACGUUACAAAAAUACUUAACCUGACAACAAGAAAAGAGGUUUGUUGUAUAAAAAAAUAAGAAUAUUGUAAAGAAGUAAGAAAGAAAAUAUAAGUAACAGGGAUUGACAAGUGUUAAAAUAUACAUUUCGAAUAAAACACAACCAAGAUGGAUUUCGUCUAUUCGAAGGGUUUAUUUUUACUGUUUAUUAGAAGUGUAAUAGUAAUAGCAAAUCAUAUCAAGGUCAUCAUUAACCUUUAUUCAAAGUAAUGUUUUAUAACUUUUGGAUUUGCUGAAAUGUUCGAUCACUAAAAUUCUAUCCACAGUUGUUUUAAUGAACAAAUGAGCUCCAAUAUAAUACAACUAACUGUUUUCCACUGACCAUUACUUAGAUCGGUAAGUUCUGUGCACUACGAAAGCCAAUAUAACUUUUCAACAUGACAACAUUGAGUAGUACAUACCCAUUUUAG